AUGACCAUAUCACAUCACUCUACGUUUAAUCAGACUACUGAAGGCCUUGAUAAUGAUUUUAAUACGUACAACGAGACUGUAUUUCGGUUUCUUAGAAUAGCACAAAUCUCUUUUGCCUUUCCAGCCUUAAUUUCGUUAAUAUUAAAUGUACUUAUAAUUCAUUCGAUAUUUUCAAGCAAAGAAUGGUCAAAAUCACCGACAUAUUAUCUCAUCGGCAAUAUGGUAACCUGUGAUAUUAUGACGGCGUCUUUAUUUAUUGCCUUUUCCAUCGUUUCGUGCUUUACGAUAUCAUUUUUCAGUUUAGACGUUAUUUGUCGAGCAUUAUCGGUAGGUACUGGAAUAUCAUACAUGGCUUCAGUGUUAAGUUUAACAAUUAUAAGCAUCGAUCGAUAUCUAUCCAUUCUCAAACCUUUUCUGUUUCCAUCUCGAAACAAGAAAUUAUCUGUUAUUAAAUCAGUUAUCGUCCUUAUUUGGAUUAUUAGUAUUAUGGGCGCACUUCCUUUCGCAAUCGUCACUGGGGCCAUAUCAGGAACGGAUAGUACUUGUGGAAUAAUCUAUCGCGGCGUAAUCAGUGUUAUCUAUUUUUUAUUGCUUACAUUGUUAUUGUAUCUAAUUCCCAUAAUUACUAUGGUUGUAUUAUAUGUAAAAAUCUAUCAUUAUUGGAUAAAAGGCAUUCGUCGACGAUCCCUAGCGAAAAAUACCACUUCAAAUAGUUUUCAAGGAAAAUUCUUAACGCAGAUGGAACGCAAAGCAUUAAUUAAAACAUUAGUGAUUGUUACAGCAGCAUUUGCUAUCAUGUCUUGGCCUUUUUUAGUUAUGGCCUUAGCGCUAGCAAUCUCGGGUGUUGGUAUCGAAGAUGUAGAAAAAAAAAAUACCUUUUUAUUCGUACUAUGUACUAUUGCCGUUUCUUGUUCUGCUAGUACUUCUAUUGCAAAUCCAAUGCUACUGAUGAAGUUUGAUAAGAACAUUCACCGUCGAUGCAUAAAUAUUCUUGCUCAAUUUACAAAUACAUUUUUUUCCCAUAACCGUCGUAAAAUAUUUGUGUCAUACAAACCUAACCUGUCCCCAAAUACAUUAAGCGUUGGUAAAGAUGGACUUAUCGGCUAA